AUGGAGAUGCAGGAUUUGGUAGGCAAGGUAAGGUAUAUCCCUGUGCCAGGUAUCCCCGCUGUGGUGUAUGUAGGUAGCGAGAUGAAGGUGUGCUUCUCAGAUGCACCGGAUACUCCCCCUUGGUACAUUCAAGCACCGAUAGAGGGUGUUUUAGUCUACGAGCACAUCUCAACACAUGUACACCACAUACCCAGCUCUAGCCUUUGGACGCGCAAAUACUGUACUCUACUGUAUGCACAAUAUCAGGCCAAAUCAGCAUUGGAUGGGCUCUACAAUUCUUCCUCACAUGCUGAAGGAUUGGAAGCAGCUGGCUUUGGUGGUGCGGUGGCCGUUGUUCCAUUGGAAAAGUGUUUGAAGUUUCCCGAGGCUCUCUUCCAUGUACUUGUUAUGAAGCUGUCUUUCGAGACGUCUCACCCACAACAUCGUGGCCCCCAUGGCCCGCUGAGACUGGUGAUUGAAAAUGGCAAAAGCACCAGUCCAUACCUUGUAUGCCUACGGAUGCAGGGUGCCGUGUGCUAUGGUAGUACGUGCAUGAUACAUAUUAUAGCAGUAGGUACUCGAGAUGCAGUGUGGAGAGUACGGUAA